CCACCAAGAAGGCCAACCUUCUUCUCGCUAAUUUCUUCCUUCCUAUCCUGUCACUCUCGGUAGGUGUGCAAGCCUCUCUCCUUCUCUCUCUCUCUCUCUCUCUCUCGAGUUUCUUCCCACUUUCCAUUCCGACCGAAUUUUUUAUUCGUUUCGAAAGUUGGUAGGGGUGGCGUUCUGUAUUAAACCCGACCGAGCCUCUCCAGAAAUUUCAGGAUCCUUGGAGUUCUCUUCUCCGGACUCCUGUGAUCCUCUCAAGCUUUGGGAAGAGCCCAUCUUCUCAAAAUUUCAUCUCUUUGGGAACUGAAGGAAUUCAAUCACAAAAGUUAGGAAGAUGAAGAUCACAAUCAGAAGCUCAACAAUGGUCCGCCCCGCGUCCGAGACCCCACAGGGCGGGCUGUGGAAUUCAAACGUGGACCUUGUGGUGCCGAGAAUGCACACGCCCAGCGUCUACUUUUACAGGCCCAACGGCAGCCACAACUUCUUCGACACUAAGAUACUGAAAGAGGCAUUGAGCAGAGCGCUGGUUCCGUUCUACCCCAUGGCCGGGAGGCUCAGGCGAGACGAGGACGGCCGGAUCGAGAUCAACUGCAACGGCCACGGCGUUCUCUUUGUCGACGCCAUUGCCGAGGCCGAGGUGGAUGAUUUUGGAGAUUUUGCUCCCACCAUGGAGCUCAAGCAACUCAUACCCAAAAUUGACUACACAGAGGACAUUUCUUCCUACCCGCUCUUGGUUCUCCAGGUUACGUUUUUCAAGUGCGGAGGCGUCUCUCUCGGCGUCGGAAUGCAGCAUCACGUGGCGGACGGCUUCUCCGGCCUGCACUUCGUCAACUCCUGGUCCGACAUCGCGCGUGGAAUGGACGUAAAUUUCCCCCCCUUCAUAGACAGGACCCUCCUAAGGGCAAGAGAUCCACCGAGGCCUUCCUUCCCUCACAUAGAAUACCAGCCAGCCCCGCCGCUGAAAACCAAGGCACAGUUACAGGUUCUGCCGGAAAAAGGCCAAAAUGUCCCUGCAUCCGUCGCGAUUUUCAAGUUCACCAGAGACCAGCAGAUUGCCCUUAAGAGCAAGGCCAAGGAAGGGGAUAACACCGCGAGCUACAGCUCCUACGAGAUGCUGGCCGGUCACGUUUGGAGAUGCGUUUGCAAGGCUAGGGGCCUUGACCAUGACCAAGAGAGCAAGCUGUACAUAGCCACUGAUGGCCGGUCGCGGCUCAGGCCGGUGCUGCCACCCGGCUACUUCGGCAACGUCAUCUUUACGACAACGCCGGUAGCACUAUCCGGCGACCUGACGACCAGGCCCACGUACUACGCUGCGAGCCGAAUCCACGAGGCAUUGAUGCGGAUGGAUGACGAGUACCUGAGAUCGGCACUGGACUACCUUGAGCUGCAGCCGGACCUGAGCAAGCUGGUCCGUGGGGCGCACACGUUCCGGUGCCCGAACCUGGGCAUCACCAGCUGGACCAAGCUGCCAAUCCACGACGCGGAUUUCGGGUGGGGCAGACCAAUCUUCAUGGGCCCCGGUGGCAUAGCUUAUGAGGGCCUGGCCUUUAUGCUUCCCAGCCCUUUCAACGAUGGGACCCUCUCGUUAGCCAUCGCGUUGCAACCUGACCACAUGCGCCUGUUUGAGAAAUUCAUAUAUGAUAUAUAAACCUCAUAAGCCCAAUAUUUUCUUCUCUUUUUGGAUGGACGUCUGUAGAAUGUAGUUCUAUGGCCCCUCUGAAUCACAGAGUACCCCAAAGACUCUUUAAUAUUUGCGUCUUUCUGUAUUGAUGAGCCUUUUUUUCGUUCCUUCUUUAUCUUAUUUAUCUUUCCUUUGUAGAUACACUUGAUUAUAUAAUUCCUGGUGCAUUCCUUCUUA